AUGUCAGCACUGCUAAGAUCUUGGGCUCAAAGUCUUAGAUCUGUGGAUGGACUCAAACACAGCAAGGUUUGGAAACUAUGCAGCUCAAGUUUGCUCCAGUGGUGUCGGUCCCUCCAUGUGGACAGUCCUCCUCGCAAACCCUCACUGACCAGCAGCUAUGUCCAUGGCACCUCCUCCAUGUCUCUGCUCCCCCUGACUGUAGGACAGAGUCUGGACUCCAUAGUCCAGCGCUGGCCUGACCGUGAAGCUGUGGUCUUUCUGCAGGACGGCAUCCGGAAAACCUUUGUGCAGUUUCAGCAAGAUGUUGACAAGGCGGCUGCAGGUCUGCUUGCUUUGGGCCUGAAGCGAGGCGACAGGCUGGGAGUUUGGGGACCCAACACGUAUGAAUGGAUCCUUUUCCAGUUUGCUUUAGCCAAAGCUGGAAUUAUACUGGUGUCAUUGAACCCAGCCUAUCAAGUGACGGAAGUGGAGUUUACUCUAAAAAAGGUCCAGUGUAAAGCUGUGGUCUGCCCUACACGCUUUAAAACCCAAAACUUCUGUGAGAUGCUGAGGGAGCUCUGCCCAGAGCUCGACAGGACCCCAGUAGGCAUGAUCAAAAGCUCCAGGUUGCCAGACUUGCGAAUGGUGAUAGUGACAGAUAGCAGACAGCCAGGGAUGCUCCACGUAGAGGAUGUGAUGCAAGCAGGGGAGAGUCAGCACCACAAAGAGCUGAUGAUGGAUCUGCAGAGCAAACUGUCCUUCGAUGAGCCCAUCAACAUUCAGUUCACAUCAGGGACGACAGGGAGUCCGAAGGGAGCCAGUCUUUCCCACCACAAUAUUGUAAACAAUGCUUACUUUAUUGGUCUCCGAAUGGGUUUUGGAUGGAGACCUCAGGUGCGAGUGUGUAUGCCCGUUCCCAUGUACCACUGCUUUGGCUCUGUGUUGGGAGGGAUGUGUAUGGCAUUGCAUGGUAUCACACUGGUCUUCCCUUCCUCUGGCUACAACAGCCGAGCCAACCUGGAGGCCAUUCAGAGUGAAAAGUGCAAUUUCAUCUAUGGCACUCCCACAAUGUUCAUUGACAUGCUUAGCCAACAGGAUUUACACAAGUAUGAUUUAUCUACAAUUGAAGCUGGUGUCAUGGGGGGUUCACCGUGCCCUCCUGAGAUUGUGAGAAAACUGAAAACAGACAUGAACAUGAAAGAGAUAAUGAUUGCUUAUGGAUCUACUGAGAACAGCCCCGUCACAUUUCUGGGAUUUCCACAAGACAAUGAAGAGCUGAAGAUAAAUACUGUUGGAUGUAUCAUGAGCCACACUGAGGCUAAAGUGGUGGACCCUACUACUGGGGAGAUUGUCCCUCUGGGGGCCUCAGGAGAGCUGAUGAUCAGAGGCAGCUGUGUGAUGCAUGGAUACUGGGACGAUCCUGAGAAAACCAGAGAGGUUAUCUCCCAAGACCGCUGGUACAGGACUGGUGACACAGCCAGUCUGAACAGUUUGGGAUAUUGCAGCAUUGAAGGACGCAUAAAGGACAUGAUCAUCCGAGGAGGGGAGAACAUUUACCCUGCUGAGAUAGAGCAAUAUCUCUAUACACAUCCUAAAGUCCAGGAGGUGCUGGUGGUUGGAGUGAAGGAUGAGAGGCUGGGCGAGCAGGUGUGUGCCUGCAUCAGGCUGAGGGAGGGCCAGACCUCCACUGCAGAGGAGAUAAGAGCAUUCUGCAAAGGCCAGAUUUCUCACUUCAAGAUCCCACACUAUGUGAUCUUUGUCGACAGCUACCCUCUGACAGUCUCUGGAAAGAUCAAGAAGAACAUAUUAAAGGAAGAAAUGGAGAAGAAAUUAGGCCUCUAAUUGUUUUCUGAGUGAAAAUUGGUAAUUAUAUUAAAGGUCCC